AUGCUCGCUAGUGCUUUCAAGGAUACCCGUUUCAACUUAAGUGAAGUUUCUGGAGCAUUCAGGCUUUUAAUUACUAGAAUUCUGCCAUCUGACGAAGGACUCUACUUCUGUGGUGACAUAAAUAAUUAUGAUCCACAGUUUGGAAAUGGAACAUAUUUGAGAGUGAAAGAUCAAAAUCACAUAAACCACUCCACUACAAAAGUGAUCCAAGACCCAGUAUCAGGCCCGGUUUCCCCAGGAGGCUCAGAGACACUGGAGUGUGUGGUGCUGACUGAGAGCAGAACAGAAGAGCUCAGUGUGUUCUGGUUCCGACCUGCUUCAGGAGCUUCCCAUCCAGGCCUCAUUUACAUCAACAAGAGCAGCAGUGGUCAGUGUGAGGGCCGCUGUGUCUACACUCUCUCAAAGAAGGACGUCGACAUCACUGAUGCUGGAACUUACUACUGCGCCAUAGCUACCAGUGGACACAUACUCUUUGGGAACGGAACAACACUCAGACUUGCUGAGCCAGUGAACUCUGUGCUGGUUGGUCUGGUUGGGGCUUUGGGCUGCAGCUGUGUUGUACUGGCCUGCUCAGAAAACUUGCAGCAUGAUGUAGACAGCAGCACUGAUACUCAGCAAAGAACUCAAGCUGAGUCUGGUGAUGGCCUGAACUAUGCAGCCCUGAGCUUCUCUAAGAAGGAGAGCAGGGGCAGGAGAACCAGGAGGGAGCCACCACCAGAUGCUGUUUAUGCAGCUGUACGCCUCUGAACACCCAGUACUGUGACAUACUGUAAUUCAUUAAUGCAUGUCUCCAGCUUUCUCUUGAAUCCCUUAAUUGAAGUGGGGAGUGAAAUG